AUGACCCUGUCUACCUCCCACAUCAAACUCAUCGCUGCGGCUGCACUUGCAACCGCAGCCGUCGCGGUGGGCUCCUCGGGCUUGUAUGUAUACUUUCUACAUUGCGAACUAGCUCGAUCAACACUGCACAUAUACAAAUCCUGCAAUGGGAAAGAGCUGGUGACCGCUUCUGAGAAAAGCGGCGAUGAUGACGACGAGAAUGAUCAAAUACAACCAAUAUGUACAACAAUCCCGGGCCCCGUCUUGACUUCAGACAAGUACCGGGUCGUAUAUGACCGAGCAUGGCGCAUCGUCAACAGAGAAAAAAAUGAUAUUUUACCAUCCGAGCAAGACCUAAACACCACCUUCCCCGUUGGUAGUACUGAGUCAUGGUCCUACGAGCGAAAACUACUCACAGCCUACCUACGCCGCAACAUGUCCGCUUUUGCGCGCUAUCUGCCGCAAGCCCGAAUCAUCAAGAUGAUGCUUCGCAAGUCUAACCCAGAGGCGGUGCAAACACUGGAUCCGGCGUUCAUUGAGAAGCUGGAUUUUGUUGUUGGUGAUGUUGUUUGUGGGCUUUACAAAGUCCUCAGAAGGAAGGAUGCGGUCGUUGAGUUUAGGGUGGCUCAACCCCAGCCUGCAACUAGCGGUAAUGGUCAAGAUCUAAAGGAGAAGGAGACGGAGAAGGAGGAAGGUUCAAGCCAAGAGUUUGAGGGGAGAUUGGUGAUUGGUAUGAGGCCCGUUGGAGAUUCGCUGGAGGUGUAUAGUGAAACGAUCAUGUGGCGCGACGCCGAGAGAAAAGGUGUGGUUAUGCCGUUGGAACGAAAGAUCCCCAGAGUAUUGCAUGAGUUGGCGUCGUGGUGGUUACUUGAUUCUGGGGUGAACUAUUUGAAGGGGCUGAAGAAGUGA